CAUUCUCCAUAACGCUCCCGUGACCCCUCUCCUUAGUGCACGCCAGUCUGGCACAUUCAAAAAAGAGUUCACACACUCAACCACUCAAAACGUGAAUUCUCACUCUCUGAUCUCUUUUAUAUAGAUUACAAAUUAAAGGUAGAGGAUGAGGCAGUCCUCAUUAAUGGCUCUGUCUAGAAUUAAGAACACAAUGGCUGCAGUAGUUGCAGGAAGAGGUUAUUGUACUGCCUUAACACUCUUCUUCUGUUUGUGUUUGCUGGCGUCAGGAGCUCAAGGCCGUUACCACACUCUGCACGUCACCAGCUUCGUCCGCAACUACCAACAGGAGCUCGCCAAAUGCCCUGCUACGACUACAGUUUCGAUUCUGCCGCAGGUACACAGCAAGUUGAAGGUUCGAGUCCCACGAAAAUAAAUUUGAACCAUAUUCAUGGCGCCUGCUCGCCUCUGCGAUCCGUGAAUUCGAACUGGACGCACCAUAUCUAUCAGAGCCUGCAAAAAGACAGUCUUCGCCUGAAAACCAUACAAUCCAGACGAAAAAAUGUCAGCGCAGUGUCUGCUUCAGCACUCGACCUUCCUCUCCAAUCCGGCAAGCAAUUCGACACGGGGAAUUACAUCGUAACCGCCGCCUUAGGCACGCCUGCGAAGAAUUUCCUGCUAACGAUCGAUACCGGCAGCGACAUCACCUGGGUGCAGUGCAAACCAUGCUCAGGAGCGAACACGUGCUAUUCUCAAGUAGAUCCCAUUUUCGAUCCACAACAGUCGACUUCUUACAAGCAACUCCCCUGCCUCUCGACACAGUGCACAGAACUGACGGCAUCAACCUUAAAUCCUUGCCUUGUGGGCGGAUGCACUUACGAGGUCAACUACGGCGACGGCUCCAGAACCAGUGGAGAUUUCAGCCAGGAAACGCUAAAGAUCGGCCCGGAUUCUUUCCCCAGUUUCGCCUUCGGCUGCGGGCACAGCAACACCGGAUUGUUUAAAGGCUCCGCAGGGCUACUUGGUCUCGGCCGGGAUAAUUUAGCCUUUCCUCAACAAACGGCGUCGAAAUAUAACGGGCAGUUCUCGUACUGUCUGCCUGACUUCGCAUCUGCAAGCGCCACCGGGACUCUGAGCUUUGGCCAGGGUUCGAUUCCCACUAAAGCCACGUUCACGCCGCUCUUGUCCAGCAUUUUGUACGGAUCUUUUUACUUCUUGGGACUGGAGGGCAUCAGCGUCGGCGGGGAAAGAUUGCCGGUAUCUUUUAGGCAGACCUUCAAGGGCUCAGGAACAAUAAUAGAUUCUGGAACGAUCAUUUCGCGGCUGGUACCCGAUGUGUACCAGGCUCUCAAGGCUUCUUUUCGCAAAAAAACUUCUCAGCUCCCCGCCGCCAAAGCUUUUUCGAUCUUGGACACCUGUUAUGAUCUCUCCAAUCUCAAGACUGUCAAGAUCCCCACCAUCACUUUUCAUUAUCAAAACAAUGCGAAUGUGGAUGCAAGCGACGUGGGGAUUUUGGUUGGCGUCAAGGAUGAUGCAUCACAGGUCUGCUUGGCCUUCGCUCCGACAUCUCAGUCUGAUGAUCUCAAUAUUAUUGGCAACUUUCAGCAGCAGAGGAUGAGGGUUUCUUAUGAUACCGCUGGACGGCAAAUGGGAUUUCAACCUCAAUCUUGUAGUGCCUGAUCUGAAGAUAUUUGUUACAAGAAAGGUAAAGAAAUCUCGAAUGUUUGACGCUUUUCUUUCUGCUGUCUGAGUAAUUUUAAGAAAGAAAAGCGUCUCAGGAAUCAGGAUUACGACCCUUUUGCUUCUCUUUUCCCCCUUUUUAGUAAUUUCCGCCAGUAGAAUUUCUUGUUAUAUUAAUAUAUAACUAUGUACAACCAAUCUUGAUGCUCAAGAAUAAUAAGAAUCUAGUAGGCUAAAAAAAAUUCCUGAAGGCAUGGAAUUUAUUAAGAUAAUUUUUCUAAUCAAAAUUUGUUGAUAUUAUUAUUCAGCAAAAAAAUGACAGCUACAGAACUAAGAAUCUGGAAAGGCUUUAUGAGUGAUUCA